CGGACUAUAAAAGUGCGCUCCGAGCCCUGCCCGCAUUUCACAUUUCGGCGCUGGACGCGUUGGAGUGGCGAUGGCUCGCUCCGUGGCCCUGAUCCUGCUGGUGCUUGUCUCUCUGACCGGCUUGGAUGCUGUCGAGCGUCCUCCAAGAGUUCAAGUAUACACACGGAACCCACCAGAGAAUGGGACACCAAACUUCUUGAACUGCUAUGUGUCUGGGUUCCAUCCACCCCAGAUUGAAAUAGAACUGCUGAAGAAUGGAAAGAAGAUGGACAAAGUAGAGCAGUCAGACCUGUCUUUCAGCAAGGACUGGUCUUUCUAUCUCCUGGCCUACACUAAUUUUAUUCCCACUGCAAGUGAUGAAUAUGCCUGCAGAGUUACACACAGCACUCUGAAGGAGCCCAAGGUCGUGAAGUGGGAGCGAGACAACUAACCAGCAUACUGGAGAUAUGAAGAUAUCACAUUUGAACCAGUUUAAUUCUGUGUUAUUGUAUUGAUUUAAACAUAUGUAGAUUUCAUGCACACAAUAAGAAAGCUGUAAAGAAGUACCAUCUUUGUAACUUUACUUGGAGUGCUUUUAACAUGUUAAAAUUAAAGACUAACAUUUGGAUUCUAGCUAUAUAUAUAUAUAUUUUGGUCUUUUUGAGAUAGGCUCUCCCAGUAGCCCCAGCUGGCCUGAAACUCACUAUUUAGACCAGGCUGGCCUCAAACUCACAGAGAUCCUUUCCGUCUGCCUCUGCUUCCUGAGUGCUGGGAUUAAAGGCAUGCGCCACCACACCCAGCAUGGAUUCUAGCUAUCUUAAAUGAAAGUAUCUAUGAGUACUUUGAUUGAAAACGUUAUGAAAAAAAAUGAUUUUGCUAGUUUGACAGAAAAAAAAUCUCUAGUAAAUAUAAUUAAAAGUAAUAGCUGACCAUAUAUCAAACCCUUAUUGGGCACCAAACUCUGUACAUCUCCUCUUAUUAGUUGGAUGCAAUUGUUCAUCUUUGGUCCUCCAUAACAUAAAUGAUUAAAAUGUCUAAGAAACUUGAAAUCUAUCUCUUUGGUAAAGCACACAGACCCAGCUGAAGCCUGUCACAAUGCCUUGCAUACUUCCCCUCCCCUAUGAAUCACUUCUUCUUUUUUAUUUUCACUCAGGAAAAAAAAAAAAAAGACUUUUGCUGCCACAUAAAGCCAUAGUGUUAUUAUACAAAGUGGUUCUCGGUAUCUUUAGAUGUCUACAAGUAUGCAUGCCAUUUUCAGCAUCUGAAGAUCCAGUAAAUGUCCUCAGUCAAGUUCUUAUAGAAGCAGACUCCUGAUGUAAGGGUCUAGAUGAAAAUGACUUAUUAAGAAAGGACUCUCAGAAAACAAAACAAAACAGCAGUAAGGGGGUGGUGUCUGAAGGACAGGGAAAGGGAAGAAACAGAGGGGGUGAGAUUUCAGAAGUUCUACAUCCAGCCGGAUCCCAUUGGGAAGCUCUAGAGCAAAGAACACAUCUUAAAGUUCAUCUUACCUUGAAGCAAAGAAGCUGGCUUUAGAAAUCUUCACAGGCCUGUUGUUGUCUAUACAGGAUUGUGGAAUAAUCUGAAACUUAAAAUUCCCAAAUACUUUGGAUUCUCUCUGUUACUGGAAAGUAAUGUGCAGGUGCUGGUUGUUAGCACAAAAUAUGCAAAAGCUAGGGAUUGGCUCAUAUUGUAGGUGGAACAGCUGUUGAUACUGUGUUUCCUGUUCUAGUCUUCUGCCUGUACAACACAUACAAUCCGAAACUCCCAUUACAAGUUCAAAGUUUCUAAGGGACUAACAUUAACCUGUGAAUGCCAGUCAACUGAGAACUAAGUUUGAAUCCUAAUUUUACAAAAGUUACUUUGAAAUCCCUGAUUUGAGCUUUUAAUAUGGAUAUUAUUUGUGUCCCCAAAGAUCCUUUUGUGGUUGAGGCUUGGCCCCCAUGGUGGCGAAAAUGGGAAGUGGUGGAUCCUUUAAGAGGUGGAAGCUCAUAGGAGGGUCUUGGGUUACUGGUGGUAUAAGCUCAGAGGAAGGUCCCCUGGGAUCUGUUGAAUUCUGAGAGAAUUAUAAAAGGAGCAAACCUGGUCCCUUCUGUCUGCUCAGCUGCUUCAAGAUAGAAUCCCUUGCUUGCUCCUGACAUACUUUUUCCAUUGCUGUUGGCACCAUGAAGCCAACGAGUAGCCUUUGCCUGUGCUAUACUAUUGAAAUUUUGAAACUUCAAAACUGUAAGCUAAAUAAACCUCUUAUUAAGUA